ACACUCACUCAUCUACUCAUUCACUCACUCACUCACUCACUCACUCACUCACUCAAUCCUCACACCCAACUCACAAUGAUUCCCAGAUCCAAGCCCGACGUCGCCCGUCUCAGCGCCCGCAUCGAGGCAUACCUCUCCACCCACGCAUUCAAAGUCCUCUUCUUUGCUUUCUAUGGCGCCGCCGUCACCCUCAUGUUCGCUUGGGGUUUCAAGGCCGAGUUCACCUUCGAGGACAACUUCGACAUGCCCCACUUCAACACCGUCCGUUGGUUCAUCGGCAUUGCCCGUGGCAUGGGCUACACCCUUAACCUCAACACCGCUUUCGUGAUCCUCCUCGCCUCGCGCCUGCUUUUCACCAAGCUUCGCGACUCACCCCUUCAGCUCGUCCUGCCGUUCGAUGCAGCUUUCCCGGCCCUCCACAUCGUCGUCGGCUACACCAUCUUCUUUGCCGUUCUCGUCCAUGGUUCCUUCCAUUUCGUCUGGCUCAUUACCUGGGAUGCCUGGACUUGGGGCCUCUGGAGCUUCAACAUGAGCGUCAUCACUGGCUUCUUGCUCGCCAUCGUCUUCGGUACCAUGCUCGUUCUUGCUCGCCCGUCCGUCCGUAAGAACAACUUCCGCCUCUUCUAUGCGGUUCAUAUCAUCGGCGCCACUCUUUUCUUCGGCCUCCUCAUCAUCCACGGUAUGUUCCGGCAGGUUCCGUAUACCUACAAGUGGGUCAUUCCCCCGCUCAUCCUCUACGCCAUCGACAGGUUCCUCCGCCGCAGGAAGGUAUCCGCUGUCGAACUCUUCCUCUCCGCUGAGAACGCAGUCCUCAAGGACGGUGACAUCCUCGAACUCCGAGUCCCCAAGGCUUUCAGUUACCAAGCCGGUCAGUACGCAGAGGUCCAGGUCCCCUUCAUUAACCGUGAGUGGCACCCCUUCACCAUUGCUUCGGCUCCUCAGGACAAGACUAUGUGCUUCUACAUCAAGGCCCUCGGUGACUGGACCAAGGAGCUCCGCGGCGCCUUCCAAGCGCGUGUUGACGGUGCCGUCACCGAUUCCCUCCAAGUCAAUAUUCGUGGCCCGUACGGCGCCCCCGCUCAGCACGUCGGCCUCUACGAGCGAGUCGUUCUCAUCUCCGGUGGUAUUGGCUCUACUCCAUUCACCUCUAUCUGCAAGGACUUGCACCACCACAAGGUCAAGGAGAACGCUACCAGCGCCACCGGCUUCGAGCCCUCUACCUCCACUCUGCUCAAGCGCAUUGAAUCCCGCGUCAGUACUGCUAUCUCUACUUUGUACGGUGUGGACAUUUCUAAUGCCAAGGACAUCAAUCAGGAAGAGGAGGAGAAGAGGGUCUACCUCGCCAACAUGCUCAACUUGACUGCUCCUGGCUCCGGCUCCAGCUCAGGUGAAACCACCGAGCUCGAAGUGGAGAUGGUCGAUGCCUCCAAGCAAGCUGACGAGUCUUCUUCCGACUCUGACCGCAGCACCUCGAUGGAGUCUUACAACGUCAAGAACAUGCUCCGUAAAGAACAGGAUGAGGAAUACAUUCUCGAUGACAUCAAGAAUUCUGCCAACGCACGCCGUGGAAACCGUGAACGUCUCUCCCACUUGUAUGAAGGCCGCUCCAAGGUGCUGGAGUUCCUCCAUACCUCCCGCGUCAACCUGCUGCUCCUCUUUGUGCUCAUUGCCCGCAUCUUCUUCAUUUGCAUCUCCUCCAUCAUCAAGGCUGACUACAUCAUGAUCAACGCCGAGCCGCACGCUAUCGAGUCUGGCCUCUGGAUUGUGAUUGUCGACACUGUACUCAGCAUCAUCUUCGCCAUUGUGCUCCCGCUCACCAUCUUCCUCGAGCUGAGCUACAUGGGCUCCCGUUUCUUCCGCACCGUCGGUCGCACACUCGACUUCUUCGUCUUCCUCCCGCUCACCAUCACUAGUGCCAGCCUUGGCAUCAAGGCUCUUGUCACCGAGCGCACUGACGAACAAAUCGUGCUCUUCCUGCACUACAUCGUCUUCCUGCCGACGCUUUUCGUCCUCCUUGCUGUUCGCAUGUACCGCGCCCUUGGCAAGAGGACGCUCCUCACUGACGCUCCCUGCCAUUGCUCGCAUCGCGAUAUCGUCCCCAACGUCGACUUUGUUUGGACUGUCCCGCACGAGAAUGACGACGAGUGGCUACGCUCCGAACUCGAACCGCUCGCCGACGGUACUGAGCUCAAGCUCCACCGCUACGUCACUCGCGCUAAGGAAGUCGACAUGGAAGCCGGCUCUGAAUUCAUCACCAGCUCCAACACUGGUCGCCCCGAAUGGGAUGAGAUCUUUGGCAAGAUUGCCGCCGAAGCUCCCUCCAACUCUGUAGUGGGCGUGUUCUUCUGCGGACCUCACAAGAUGGGCGAUUCUGUGCAAUCAGCGAUGCGCAGGGCUGAGAUUAACAGCAACUUGAGAGGUGCCUACUUGAGGAGUACUAAGGAGAAGACCUUGAUGAAGGACCUCGGUCUGCCUCAGCGAGGGCUUAUUAAGAUGCUGAUGGGAACCGGUUGCAGUGUGCGCUUCGUGUUCCGGGAGGAAAACUUCGGCUAAGGUGCUACACCACCGAGAAGCCCACUUUAGAUUUUGGCUAACUCACUCACCCUAGCUUGAUAGAGAGUCCCGCAAACACAACAACUUUGACAAGAAAAUAAUAAUUUUAGAUGAGACAUAUACCAACAUUGAGAUGUAAAUUAUUCCGACAUUCAAUUGCAA